UGUGUUUAUACGAAAUAUCUUUAAAAAAAAGAAAAUUUUUCUUUAAAUCUAAAAUCAUCAUAAGAAAAUCUAACGUUCCAAUAUGGGUUCACAGUGGAAAGUUAUUAACGAAAUUUAUAAAAAUUUGGAUGGUUAUAAACGUGUUGCUUGGCCACCAGUCUCGGAGGAGAGAAUCAUAAGGGAAUUUACACCACAGCCACAACCUCAACCUCCACAGGGUCAAUACUAUAGUCAGCCAACUCAGCAACCAGCUCAACAGCAACCAAGACAACAGCAACCACCCGCAGCUGUUGCUCCUGCACAGGGUCCCAUUUAUAAUAACGUUCAACCAGCUGCACGUCAAAGUUCCCCAUAUCCUACUAAAUAUCAACAAAAUCCACAACAAAACCAGCAGCCACAAUACAAUCAGCAACAGCAGCAACAACAAUAUCAACCACCCCAACAACAAUAUCAACCACCACCCCAACAACAAUAUCAACCACCCCAACAACAAUAUCAACCACCCCAACAACAAUAUCAACCACCCCAACAACAAUACCAACAACCCCAACAACAAUAUCAACCACCACCCCAACAACAAUAUCAACAACCUGCUGCACAACAACCAAUUCAAUAUAGUCAAGCACAAUUCAAUCGUCAACCAUCACGGGAACCUGUAGCACCACCGACACUACAACCACAAGAGCAACAACCACACCAACAACAAAAUAACAUACCCUAUCAUAACGUACAGGACCCUAGUUCUCCUUCUGGUUGGAAGCAUAUACAACCACCAUCGCCAAAAGUACAACAUCAAUUUCAAUGUCCCGUAGGUUCUGAACCAAACUUCCCCACUUAUCAACCACCGGCGCAACAACAACCAGCACAGCAACAACAAUACGGUGCACCUACCUAUAAUAACUACCAAGAACCACCACAAUCCCAACCACUGUAUCAAACUCCACAAUAUCAACCACCAUCUAAUCAACAAUAUCAAGCACCUAAUCAAUAUCAAGCACCCCAGCAGCAGUUGCCACAACAGCAACAACAACAACCAAGUUGGGUACAGCAACAACCUCAAUACCAACCUCAACAACAAUAUCAGCCUCCAUCAAACUAUCAAACUCAACCACAACAAUAUCAACAACCAAAUCAAUAUAAUUCUUAUUCACAGCCCCAACAACCAAUUUCACAGGAUCAAACAGACUAUCAACAACAACAACAAUUACCGCAAGAUUAUCGUGGCGCCAGUCCCGGCAUAAUAACAUUGCGUAAAGAGGCACCGGUUUCACAAGUGCCUGCUCCUGUUUAUACUUCACAGCCAGCAGCCGUAAGCUUUGGAGGAGGCAGCAACAUGCGUGGAGAUUUGAAAUGGCCACCACCAGAAUACAAAGAGGCCGCAGCACGUGAAAAUGAAGAACGUCGUGCACUUGCACUUGGCCCAGUUUGCAGACCAAGGAGAAUUAAUCGCGAUUACACAUCGUUCUUUCAAAAGAAUGCAUUGAACUGCUACUAUCCUGGCUACAAAGUGCCACCAGGUACACAACAUAUGUUCGCUUAAAUGGAAAAUGGAUGUGAAGUCACGAAUUUGGAACAUUGAACACGGAACAUUAAUAAUGGAAUAUUGAAAAUGAAACAAUGAAUUGUGAACUCAAGUUUGCGUUAUGGAACAGCUUCCAACAUAAAUUUAAUUUAAAUUGAAUGUGAAAAAAAUAUAAAACGAAAUUUUGACUUAUUACUUUUUGAAAAUAUUCAUAUAAGAAUUUUUAUAACGAUUAAAUCAAGUACUAACAUUUUAGCUAAGCAAAAUGAAAGUUUUUCUAAAUGGAAUUACUAACAUUUGUACUAACCGAAUUUAGCAUAAAAAAUGUAAAAAAAAAAA